AACAACACGGAAGCGACAGAGUGAACGGAGAUAGAUAUAGUUACACAUGUUAACGGAUUUAACCCGGGUUAGCUGUGUGUGUAAACAGGAGUUAGCAGAGUGGGGGGGAUGCGGAGACAGAAGUACUUCACCCCCGCGGAGGUGUCCGCUCACAACACCGCGGCCGACCUGUGGGUGUCGUUCCUGGGCAAAGUGUGUGACCUGAGCCCGCUGAUGGACCAGCACUCAGGACACGCUCUGCUGUUGCCCAUCCUGGAGUGUGCAGGGAAGGACAUCAGCUGCUGGUUCGACCCCGAAACUAAAGACGUCCUGAGAUAUGUGGAUCCCCUCACUAACUGUGGGAGGUACUACACCCCCAGGGGGCGCUUUGUGCACGUGCCCCCGCCGGUCCCUCGCUCGGACUGGGCCAGCGACAUCGGACCGCCCUGGUGGAGGGACGGAUGCUACGACGUGGGACUGCUGUCCGCCAAAACCAGGUGGAUACGAGUGGUCAACACGCUGACAUCACAGGAGCAGCAACUGCAGGUGUGUUCAGAGGAGACUCUGGCUGAGAUCCUCCAGCGUUACUUGCGCUACAACUCUCACGGCCGCAGCUACACCUGGAAACACGACGGAACGACUCUGGACAUGAGCCGGACGCUCAGCGAGAACAACGUCCUGGACAACGACAGCGAGCUGCAACAGCUGCGGCUGGACGGAGACCGCUUCAUCCCCGCCAUCCUCCUGCACUUCAACGACGACCUUACGGAGGGCUGACCUCUGACAACACCCUGUGAGCAUUGAAUAUGUGUUACUUUGUAACAUUGCUUCAUUAAAAUUAGUAAA